AUGACUCCCCCCGCGAGCUGGUCCAUGCCCAGCGGGGGGGGAGAGUUGGGGGGGAUUGGCGGAGGCGGAAUCGGCGGAGACGUCCCUGGCGGAGAUAAAAUGGGUGGCAUUGGCGGAGAUAGAAAGAGGCUUGGCGGAGACUACAGCAGCAGCGGUAAUGGAAACAGCGGCCGCCGCAAUGGACUGGAGCCGUCAUCCCGCCAUUCUAGGUCAGCUGCGUCUAGCCCCCGGGUAACGGAUUCCGUUUUCGGGCUUGGAAAGGAGGAGGGCAGCCAGAGUGGACGGAGCGCGUCUUUCGAGGAAGGCGCGGCGGAGUCUUACCAAGCGGAAAGGGAUCUCUGGGGCCCGCCCCGCGGGGGAAGCGGAAGCAGGGGCGGAGGGGGAAGCGCGGGGGUUCCUCUUGCGUUCUCCGUCUCCCCGCGAGGCUCCCCGCGCGGCUCGCCGCUGCGCCCCGAGAAGCGGCUUGUGUCUUACGCGUCGCUAGACCCGCCUGGCGCUUUUAGGAGCCGAGGAGGUAAGGGCGGUCUAGACUGGCUUGAGGAGAUUAAGAAGGGAGAGGGAGGAGGGGGCGGUGAUGGCGGAUUUGGCGGAAGUGGCGGAGGUGGUGGGGGGAGCAGUAGGGGCAGUGGGGGCGGCAGGGGAGGGGAAUUGCGGGCGAACGCCGGAGAGGCUGGGGGGGAGAGCAGGCGGGGAGCGCUUGCUUCCGCAAGUGGCGGCGCUGGCGGUGCUGGUAGCUUUGGAAGAAGCGGGGGAGGCGGAGGAGGAGGGGGCGGAGGCGGAGGGGGAGGGGGAGGGGGAGGGGGAGGCGGAGGCGGAGGGUUCGGGGGAGCAAGCGCACAUGGCAUGGGCGGCGGCGCAGGCUUCCCUUUCCCCUCGCGCCCCCGCAGCUCCCCCUUAGGAAACAAGCUCAUGUCGUAUUCGUCCCUGGACCGCCCCUAUAGGCCUGAGGGGGGGGCAGGCGGGGAGGGGGACGCGGGGAACUUGAGCUGGCGCCAGCUGGUGGCGCAACUGAAAGAGGGGGAGGAGCUGAAGGAGGGGAACGAGGGGGAGGAGGGGAGUGACUGGGAGGAGCGAGAGCGCAGGGGCACGAGGGCCACUCGUAACGCGGAUCGUUUUGGCAGUGCUGCUGGUGCUAGCGGCAACAGUAGGCUAUCUGGUGGUGGUGGUGGUGCUUCUGCUGCUGCUGCUGCUGCUGCUGCUGCUGCUGCUGCUGCCGGUGCCGCUGGUGCUGGUUCUGCUUGUCCCAAGCCAAGGCACCGGCGAGGCUCCUCUCUCCACUCCUUUCCCCCUAUUGACACCACAAGCAGUGAAGCUAUUUUCGACUCGAUCCAACGGGCAGCCGAAAAAGAAGCAAGUCAUUCCGGCGACCUUUACUCCCCAGUCAGCACCAGGCCAGCCACUGCCGCAAAUACUUCCGGGCAGUUUGACGGGUAUUGGGGCAGCGAAGACACGGAUUCCGGGUCGUUCAAUGCGAGAGAGGAAGUACCCAAAGGAAGGCUGCACAGGCCGUAUCAGGGGUCUGCCAAUAUAAGCGAGCUAUUGGGGUCGAGGAUUAGCAGAGCACGGGAGCGGUCUCAGCCUAGGUCGAAAGAUAGAACGGGGGAGAGAGAUGUUGGGAGGAGGGAGAUGACGGGGGAGAGGCGAGGUGAGGGGAAGGGGGUAGUGGGUGAGGUGGUAAAGGGGGAGCAGGAGCAUGAGGGGCAGCAACAGCAGCAGCAGCAGCAGCAGCAGCAGCAGCAGCAGCAGCAGCAGCAGCAGCAGCAGCAGCAGCAGCAGGGGAAGGAGAAGGUGAAAAGUCCGAGGGGCAGUUUGGGAAUCAAGGGAAUAUUGCACGCCGCAUCCUCCCGCCUCCGCUCCCUCCUCCCAGACUCCACCUCUCCCACUGGCACCACCACCACCACCACAAGCAGCACCACAGCCGCUACAGCUGCCACUGCUGCCCCUCCCAGCAGCGCUCCCAGCAUCAGCAGCGGUAUUGCCAUGGGGGGCAGUAGUGGCAGCUAUAGGCCGACCUCCCAGGAGGCUCCUGCUGCUCUCGCGUCCUUCUCCCUCAAGUCUUCAGACGCUGCAGGUGGGGAGAGUGACAGGGGGAGGAGGCCGGCGAGUGAGGUAGCAGGCCGCGUGGGGGGGAUUCGGGGACAGGGCAAGGGCGGGGCUUCCUCUGGGCGGGUGAUAUUGUCUGAUUAUGACGUGGAAUCGAUUCCUCAUGGGAAGUUAGCUGAGUUGCUGGGCCAGAGGCAGGAUGUGGGAGGGAGGGCAUCAGGAGGGGUCGGUGUGGUGGGAGCGAGUAAGGGACGGCGAGGGGAGGAAGAGGCCGGGGAGUAUGAUGGGAAAGGGAAAGGGAAAGGGCAGCAUGAGAAGAAGAAGGGGCCUCUAGGGUCGGUUCUCAUGCUGGAAAAGGUCUCCACGCACUCGGAAUUGGACAAUAAGAAAAAAACGGCGGGGGCAGGGAAGAAGCAGCAGGCUGAUAGCAUUCUGGCGCAGCUGGCAAGUCAGGGCAGCGGAGGAGGGGUGGGAGUGGGGUCUGGGCGACGAGAAAGAGGCGGAGGAGGAGCAGGGGAAGCAGGGAGGCUCAGUGCUGCGAUUGCCACUGGCGCUGGCGCUGGUGCUUCUGCUGCUGGUGCUGGUGCUGCUGCCAGUGCUGCUGCAGCUGGUGCUGGCGGUGCUACCAAGGGUGCGAUUGGUGUUGCUACGAGCAGCAGCAGCGGGUUACCAGUGAUGAGGCAGUACGGCAGCAUCCGCCCGUCGGACUACAUCCUAAAGAAGCCGUACAAGGACCUGGCGGUGCGGUAUGUGCUGCACAAGGAGGAGCUGGGCAGCGGCGAGUAUGGGGUCAUUCGCAAGUGCCUGGAAAUUUCUUCUGGGCAAGUGCUCGCAUGCAAGACUAUAAAAAAGGCGCGCAUCAAGUCCCAAGAAGCAGCAGACGACAUCAGAAUGGAGAGCCAAGAGGCAGCGGAUGACAUCAGAAUGGAGGUCGCGAGCAUGCUUGUACUGAAGGGGCAUCCGUAUAUUGUCACACUGCACGAUGCAAUCGAAGACGCAAAGUACGUGCAUUUAGUGAUGGAGUUCUGUCGCGGCGGCGAUCUAUUCGAUCGAAUCACCAAGGGCGGAGUAUACUCAGAGCCUCUCGGCGCCCACCUGUGCCGCGCAAUCAUAGAGGCGCUGCUGCACUGCCAUCGCCACGGGGUGAUUCACCGGGACAUCAAGCCGGAAAACAUUUUACUGCUGGAGCCUGGGAGUGACACACGCAUCAAGCUUGUCGAUUUCGGCGUUGCGACCUUCUUCCAGGAAGGGGUUUUGCUCCACGACACUAUCGGUACGCCCGAGUACAUGGCUCCAGAGGUGUGGGAUGGGAGCUAUGGCCCCGCAGUGGACGUGUGGAGCACGGGAGUCGUCAUGUACAUUGCCAUGUCAGGUGUGCCGCCCUUCUGGGCGGCAUCCAAGCAGUCCGUGCAGGAGGCAGUCGCCACCCGCGAGGCGAGCUUCCGGUCGGCGAAGUGGGCGCAUGUUUCGGAUGAGUGCAAGCAUCUGAUUGGCCGGAUGCUCGCGAAGAAGCCUCAGGAGCGAAUCACGUGCCUUCAGAUUCUUGGGCAUCCAUGGAUACGCCAGCAUUCGUCCCGCUAA